ACCAUACACCACACAAGUAAGACAAGAUCCUCAACUACGUACUGUACUGCAACCAUACAAUACAAUACAGUUCAGCGUCUUGUUCUCCUGAUCCCUAACAGCGGCUUUCCUCUCCGGUGUAGCGGGUGGCAAAUCAUUCAGAGCCUCCACUUCACUGCCGACCGACCCUUGCUUGAUGUUUGAUGGUUACAGCCUGCGAGGUUCACUUGCCUCUGUUCACCAUACCACGCCUUCCCAACUCCCGCAUCAGAUUUGCUGCUGCUUACUUCCGACUCCCUCCUCACCUGGGCCAUUGAGGGUGCGGACACUGUGUAAGCCAUCACUGGCGUCCCCCUGUUUUGUUUGGCCUUUUGGUUCCAUUCCUUCCAGUUGACAAUCCAUCCAUCGCUCUCCUCUGACCUGACCGUCGGUAGGCGGGGAAGUACUGUACUUUGUUCGGGCUUUGCUUUUCUUUGUUUCUUGUCUCGCCUACCUACCUUACCUAUCUACCACCUGCCCACUAUCUAAAUUUUCUACCAUACCACCUCAAUCUUCUCAAUUCGAACUUAGUGUUCCCCGGCCGAGACUGCACGAGUAAAACAUUCUGCAAGAAAUCGGCGGCUUCAGCCUAGGGCUCCUUUUUUUUUAUCCUCCUAUUUCUUUUAUUUUAUUCUUUUGCUUUCCCUCCCUGCGACUCGUUGCGACCCCUGCCCCUGAAAUCGGGUCGUCAUUUAUCUCCGCUUUCCACCCUCUCCAACCCAAUAUCCUGCUUCCGACAUCAUUUUUUUUUUCGUCUGGCAAUCCCUCAGUAUUGUCACCCAGUUGGAACCGGUCGUUCAAUUCGAGACGGGCGUGAAAUUGCACGCACGGGAAACAACACUCAAACCAUUUGGUUGUCGCCAAAUACCGAAACAGCACGAUGGCUUCGUCACAGAGCGGUUCGGUUCACAACUUCAUGUUGACCCCGCAGCAACAGAGUCUGCUCUUCGCUGCACUCAACGCCAAUCGCGCCAACGCGUCGCCCAACACGGGGCUGACCAUGUCGCCGAAUUCGUUCACCCAGUCUCCACCUGUCGACUCGGACCGGCAAACGAUUCAAGAGAGCCCCUUUCUCGAUUACGACUUCUCUUUCGACGGCGCAGAUACGUCGUUCGACUCGCUCUUCGACAACAGCACCAAUACCGCCAAGAUGAUUGGUGACCUGCCUGGCACAAACAGAAGGACAGAAUCGAUUGGUUCAAACUCUGAUGGAACAGACACUCCCGAGAAACGAAGCCACCCACAGGAUGACGACGACGACACGGAGAAAGACCCGAAGCGUCGCGAAGGUGGUGAGAAGGUGCCAAAGAAGCCCGGCAGAAAGCCGCUUACCUCCGAGCCGACCUCGAAGCGCAAGGCGCAAAACAGGGCAGCCCAGCGCGCGUUCAGGGAACGCAAGGAAAAGCAUGUGAAAGACUUGGAACUCAAGGUUGAGGAGCUCGAGGAAAUCUCCAAGGCUGCCAAUGACGAAAACAGCAGCCUGAAGGCCGAGGUUGCGCGCCUGAGCACCGAGCUGAAGGAGUACAAGAAGCGGCUGUCUCUGCAGACCAACAGCCGCCCGCAGCAAAGACAACAAACUUUUGGAACCCCCAUGGUUCAUAACCUUCCCGACGUCAACUUUCAUUUCGAAUUUCCUAAGUUUGGAGCUUUGCCUGGCCCUCCUGUGUCCAACGGGGCUGGCGGUACGCCCUCGGCCAGGGGCAUGUCGCAGACGCCUUCCUUCACCAGUAGCCCUAGCCAACAAGGUAGCCCUGACGACAGCAGCAAGGACAAGGCAACGCCAUCAUCGUCAUACUCGGUCGGCUUAGAUAGUCAGACCAAGGAUGACAUCGCUAAAUUCUCGGGCAUCUUCAGCCCUCCUCUGACCAACACAAAUGUUGCCAAAGCAUCGAGGAGCAGCAUGGACUCUCAGAGCGGUCCCGGGCUCUCGAACACUAGCUCUCCUUCAGCAUCUACGGGCUCUCAUCCCGGCCCAAGCUCUUCGUGCGGCACAUCGCCAGAGCCAUUCACACAAUCUCCCAUGGGUUUCAAGCCGAUAGACACACUGACAACAAUAGGGGAGGAGAACUCGACUUUGCAGGCAAAUGAUCAAGGACUCGGUGGCCAAGGUUUAGACCACUUCUCGAGCACAAAUCUGAACGACAUCGACUGGCUUUCCCAGGCAAACAACUUCCAGUUUGACCCCCAACUUUUCGGCGACUACAGAGAGCCCCAGCAGAACAUCGUCAGCAACGGUGGUCUCGGCGGUGACUUCUUUAACGACGCAUGGGACAUGGAUUUUAUUACUCCGUUUAAUGUGGCACCUAGCCCGGUAGCUCCCAAGAAGGACCUGAUUGCUCAAAUCGACGCCGCCAAGGAGGAUGAUGCGGUCGACGUCAAGGGAGAGCUCUUGACUUGCAACAAGAUUUGGGAACAACUGCAAAACUGCCCCAAGGUGCAGAACGGCGACUUCGAUCUUGACGGCCUUUGCUCCGAGCUUCAAAAGAAGGCUAAAUGCUCUGGCUAUGGUGCUGUGGUGGACCAGAAUGACUUCCAGAGCGCCAUGAAGAAGUACCUGGGCAAGAAUACGGAGGGAUGCCCCCAAAAUUCAGGUGCGGCGACGUCGAGCUAGUCUCGCUGUUCGCAAGCACUGAGGACGAUUAGUUCCAUUUACGAUUUAUUGGGGCGCUAUUGCUUACGAUGUGAUGCUUCGAAUUCCCUGGCCAUGGUGGGAUUUGGUUCAUCAAGAAUCAUGCCUGGGAUAUUGCGAUUAAAUGGAGUUCAGUGGGCUGGUGUUAUUGGAAGGAAAACCAUGGCCGUACUAAUCGGUCCGUCAGGAGCACAGACUGAAGGAUUGGUGGUUUUCAUCUUUUGUUUUAUGUAUCGUCUGAGGAAACCUGACUUUAUUCCUACUUUCUGUUCGUCUUUUUUAUUUGCGUUGGUGUGUUUGGUUGGGACUUUUGCCAUUUCACCAUCCGCAUCUGGGUCAUUUUGGCUCGGGUGUGAUUUGGAAAGAGAGAUUUCGAAGCCUGCCACAGGUUCUCCACUUGGUUCUCUCGGUGUACUAGUCAAUCUUUACACAAAUAGGUUCUUCCAAGGAACAUGUAACGGACGUUUCCCUUUCGAAUACAAUUAUGGGUUAAUCAUGACAGAUCCCCAGACCUUAUUCAAUCCUUCGCACCCCC